UCCUGAAGCUAAUCCAGUCCGAGAUCCGGUUCAACAAACGCUCCCAAAUAGUCCAAGUUAAGAACUGCGUGGCGGCGUGGCCUACUAACCGACUCACCGAGGAUUGCCUCCAGAUUCCUUCCCUCCCUCCGGUCCGACCCCUUCUCUCUAGUUCCGGAACCAUGAGAGAAAUCGUCACUCUCCAAGUUGGAAGCUUUGCAAAUUUCGUGGGCUCCCAUUUCUGGAACUUCCAGGAUGAACUACUUGGGUUGGCGGAGGACCCUAACUCCGACCCGGUAUUCAAGAAUCAGUCUUUGAACAUGGACGUGCUCUACCGCUCUGGUGAGACGCACCAGGGCACUGUGACUUACACUCCCCGCCUCGUUUCGGUUGAUCUUCAAGGUUCCCUCGGGUCUAUGAGUACACGUGGCACGUUGUACGAUGAGAGUUCAUCUGCAUCAUCAAACAUUUACACAUGGGGUGGUAAUGUUACUACUCAAGUCGCCGAGCCUCAUAAAAAGAAUUUGUUCUUACGAAGUUUGUAUGAGGAAGAGCCGGUGAAUCUUUUGACUCUUGGAAAUGGUGUCAAUGCUGGGGGGAAGAGUUGUCGAGGAGAAAUUCAUGACAGUGACAAAGUGGAGAGUUUAGAAAAUGGGGUCCAGUACUGGACUGACUUUUCAAAAGUUCACUAUCAUCCCCAGAGUUUAUAUGAAUUGAGUGGAUUGUGGGUAGAUCCUCAGAAAUUUGACAAUUACGGGAUUGGAAGAGAGUCCUUAUCAGCAGGUUUACAGGGAGAAGAGGUUAGUGAGAGGCUUCGCUUUUUCGUAGAAGAGUGCGACCAUAUUCAGGGUUUUCAAUUCAUCGUUGAUGACUCAGGAGGUUUCUCUCCUCUAGCUGUGGAUGUUCUGGAGAGUAUUGCAGAUGAAUACACAAAUGCUCCAGUGUUGCUCUAUGCUGUGCGUGGUCCUGGUUCUUCCAUGGACCCCAGAAGCCAGAAGCAGAGAGUUAGUAGGAAGCUUCACGAUGCAGUUUCAUUUUCAAAGCUAUCAUCCUUAUGCAAAUUGAUUGUUCCAGUCGGGUUACCCUCAUUGAGUACAAGUAAAGCUUCAAGAUUUCUCAGCAUCAAUGAUAAAAAGCCUUAUCACUGCAGUGCAGCUUAUGCUGCUACCCUACAUUCUAUUAGUCUUCCGUUCCGAAUGGAACCACUCGGGCCCACUGCAGACUCAUCUUAUGCUUCUGGUGCUGUGACUAUUAGUGAGGUUGUGCAAAUCCUAGCAGGGCAAGCUAGGCAGAAUAUGGUUGCCAUUCUGGAUGCUGCAAUGCCAUCCCCUUCUUUAACUGGGAAUUGGGUUGGUCAAAAUUUAACAGGGAAUUUGCAGCCAUUGACACCAGAGAUAGCAGAAGAUGUCGAGGAUUUACAGUCAUUAGAAUCCAUGAUAGUCCAUGGGGCCCUAGGAUCAGGAGGUCAUCGAGCAUCAAUUUCUGAAGUUAAGGACACAGUCCAUGCUGCCUAUGAGCAUGGAAUAACAAGGCCUAUGUUCUGCCAUCUGUCAGUGGCUCAAUGUCCUCUUCCAAUACCUUUGCCUUUUCCUUCAAUCUUUGGCAACCUUGUUGGCCAACAUGGUGAACUUUUGAGCACGCCAAUUGUUGGUUCCCCAUCAAGGGGAUCACUUGAUAUCCAUUCCAUCCCCAUGGCAGCUAGGCUACGGUCUAGCAGUGCCGUCUUGCCAUUUUUAGAGAAUAGAUUGGGCAGCCUUCGUAGCUGUGGGAUUGCCAGAGGAGCACCUGGGGCGGAGCUAGUUAGAAAUUGGGGCUUUGCAAAGGAUGAAUUGGAAGACAUGGGUGAGAUGCUGUCUAAAAUGAUUGCAACACUGGAUCUGCGUUCUGAAAUGUCCUCUGAUUCAGAUUAAUUUUCCGGUUAGUGUCUCUAUGUCUUUCUCUUUCCAUUUGUUCUCUGUAUAUUAUAUAAGCGAGACAGUAGUUGGUCUCAUAGAACCUCGAGUCCAAUAUGUAUGAGUUAAGCUUUCAUAGUCUUGUUUUCGGGUCCAAUAUGCAUGGGGAGAUUUGUGUGCCUAUGUAAUUUCUAAUCAUUUUAGCCAACUUCCCUAGAUUGUUGUGGUUGUAUAUAAACGAUGGUCCAAUUCAAACGUAGAUUCAAAAUUUAAAAUUAUUGAAUCAGCUUCGAACA